AUGGCGUCCCCUCCGCUGCCCACCAGGGCCAGAACUGCUAAUGAUUCCGAUGAUGAUACCGUGACCCCGGGAGACCCUUCGAGCACCGCCGGGCUGUUGAUCGAGCGGUUGCAGGCGUGGAAGCACAUGUGUGGCUAUCUCGAGAACUACGUCUCCGCAGUUGCAAAGGAGCAGGCCGGCCGCGCCAAAGAGCAAGAGAAAAUCCUAAAGACAUUGUCGAGCCCUCUUAAGGAGGCUCAUCAUUUCGACUCCGCGUUAGGGGGCGUUGCUGGUCUGUUCGAGAACUUGCGGGCCAACACUCAAGGACAAAUCAAUUUGUACACCGAAACCUCCAAAAACCUGACUGGAUCAGUGCUUCCUAUCCUCGAGCGUCUACACGCGGAGAUCAAGAACAAGAACAAAGAAAUCUCCAACGGCGCUGGGAAAGGUGCAAAGGCUGUUGAGUCGGCGCGCACGCAGUCACAGAAGCACAUCGACCUGCUGGGCCAACAGGCUUCUCAUUUCGACUCGACGGGGGGCAAAGUGUCUGCGCAGCAUGACCCCUACGUACUCAAGAGAGGAACCCUUCACCGUCUCAACAAACAGGUGCUCGAAGAGAACAGCAACAGACAAGACUUGAUUGCGGUCCAGAACUCGUUUGCCAAGUUUGAGUCGCACGUUCUGCAAACCGUGCAGACGGCACUGAACUCGUACAACCAAUUUAUGGGCGGCCAGGCAGAUCGGCAGAAAGCCAUGUUCGGCGACAUUGCCUCCACUGCAAGCAACAUCCCGUUGGACUUUGAAUGGAAUGGCUUUACCAAGCGCAAUCAGCACGUCCUGGUCAACCCGAAUGCGCCGCCAAGGUCGAUGGAUAGUGUGUCUUUUCCGAACGAAAACCAUCGUUCUACCAGGCCGCUGAUUGAAGGCACCCUUGAGCGCAAAUCUCGUGGCAUGGGUGCUCUGAAAGGGUACAGCAGCGCACACUAUGCUGUUACCCCUGCAGGCUACCUGCACGAGUACAAGGACAACGAUAACUUUCAGAAGGACCCCAGCCCGGAGCACUCGUUGUAUCUCCCAGACUGCAUUAUCGGAGCUGUGGACGGGCAGAAAUUCACCAUCAAAGGCAAAGACUCUUCAGGCAGCAAGUUGGGACAGAAGAUGGCUAUGACUUCGGACUUCCAGUUCAAGUCGCACACCAAUUCGGAUGCACAGCAAUGGCACUCGAUCAUUGCUAGUUUUGCCAACUCGUCCAACAGCUUGCCCACUAGCCCGGCAGAAUCCCGCAACAUUACUCCCAUCACCACUAGGCUGGAUGAGAAUCAGACACAGGGGGUGACGAGCGGACCAACGAGCGCAACAACGCCCAAGACUGCGCAGCCGACGAGUGCCACCUCAUCUGCUGCCACGCCGUCCUCGGCCGGAGCAUUCAACCCUGCGCUCGGUUCGAACGGGUCACAGAACAGGGAUUUCGCGGGAAAGUAG